UGAACACUCUCAUGCAGCACUACCUGCGCUCCGCUCGCCCACUCGAGAUGACCUCCGACGAGCGACUACUAACCUCGCCAGACGGUACACGUAUCUGGGCUGAAGCGAUCGGUGAUCCGUCGAAUCCAGCCGUCGUCUUCAUACACGGGCUCGCAUGCUCUGCUACGCUGUUUGACAAGCAGUUUCUUGACCCUGUACUGCUGGACAGGCUGUACAUGGUCAGAUACGAGAUGAGGGGACACGGACGAAGCGAUACACCAGCGAGCAUAGAAGCGUAUGCAUCGGUGCAUCAGGCAGAAGAUUUCCGUGCAGUGUGCGAGGCCUUUCAGGUGUGGAAACCCUGGGUUUUUGGAUGGAGCCUUGGAGGUACUAUACCUGUGGAUAUCGCUAAUCACUUAGGACCCUCGUAUAUCAGCGGCGUUAUCUAUAACGGAGGCGCGGUGCUCUCGCUCGCACUCUGUGUCGAGACAAUCCCGGAGUCCUUCGUGCCGCUCAUGCCAUAUGUCCAGUCGACCGACGCAGAUACUAUCGCGCGCUUCGCCCAACGCUUCGUGGAGGGAUGUGUCGCAGAUCCGGUCGCAACACUACCUUGGCCUGUGAAACUGCAAUGGAUGGGCUCAUUCGCAGCGCAGCCACCAGCGGUCCGGGCGUGGUCGCACGAUCGCGAACAGGACGAGACGAGAUGGCGCGCAGAGGCGAGGAGUUGGCGGGUGAUGUUGAUACAGGGUGCGGAGGACACACACUGUCGGGCAGCUCAACUGGCAGCGCAAGUGAGGGAUCUGUACGAUGACGCCGAGGUGUAUAUCUUGGAAGGAGUGGGCCACUCACCUCAGUUCGAACGACCUGACAUCGUCAAUGGGCUCAUACUGAACUUCAUCGAAAAAGGUCGUUGAACGUGCCGAUAAAUUUUUGUGUCACCAGUAGCGAAUAUGACUUGUGAAAAUGUCCACGAGAAAGCAACAAGCAGUCUGGAACAGAUAAAAGGCAGUCUUCCUGUACUGACGACUGCGGCCUCCGAGUCCGAGCGGGAGUGGAUGGCGAACCGCGAUCGGGAUCCAUCAUAUCUAAUC